AUGGCCGACACCGACGCCCAAGACAGCAAGACGACCGAGAAACCCAAGCAAUUCACCGUCACCAUACCCUCCUUGGAUGGCUCACUCGAAGUCGUCGCGCACUUGCAAGACGACGAGGAAAAUCCCGCUCAUCCCCCAAAGCUUAUCAACCUCAGCAAGACCCCACCAUCAGCACCAACCUCAUCCUCAACUACCAAAGUUCCAAAAACUCACAUCAUCCUCUCCACGGGCUCAGGCCACAGAAAGGCCGAAACCUUCUUCCAGAAGGUUGUCUCUCCUAUUCUCGACUUGAUUCAUCCUGGCGGCGUGAAGGCGUGCGAGCUUCACACUACGACGAGUGAGACUAGUAUCUUGGAGUUGGCCCGCGAUAUGUUUCUCCCUGCCGCCCGGCAAGGCGAGGCGCAACGCAUUAUCCUGGCGUCAGGGGACGGCGGUGUCGUUGACCUCGUAAACGGACUGUCAAGCGUAACUGCUGAGGCGGCGCCAGAAAUCGUCUUACUCCCGCUGGGUACGGCGAAUGCCCUGUAUCAUAGCAUCAACGCCGGGCGGGAGAAUGAUUGGGGUUUGAAAGGUCUGGGGUUCAGGAAGAGUAAACCUUUGCCAACGUUCACCGCAACCUUCUCGCCCGGAUCUCGACUUCUCGUCGACGAGGCGAGAAAGGAGGAAGUCUUACCUCAGGGGAAUAUUCUACACGGUGCGGUGGUGGUGUCGUGGGGCAUGCACGCCUCUCUCGUCGCCGACAGCGACACGUCUGAAUUCCGCAAGUUCGGGAUCGAUAGAUUUAAAAUGGCCGCGAAGGAGGCUUUGUAUCCGGAUGAUGGAUCGCUGCCACAUGCCUACCAGGGCCAAGUCUCCGUCCUCACUCCUUCUGGCGAUUGGGAAAAUCUGCCAGAUGGCAAACACCUCUACACCCUCGCCACACUGGUAAGCAACCUCGAAGCCCCAUUCUGCAUAUCGCCAGACUCCAGGCCUCUCGAUGGGAGUAUGCAUCUUGUGUACUUUGGCCCCACGAGUGGCGACGAGGCGAUGCGCAUUAUGGGGCUGGCGUAUCAGGGCGGGAAACAUGUACAUGAUGAGAUGGUGAGGUAUCAAGCGAUUGAGGGAUUGAAGAUUGAGUUUGCGGAGGAAGAAGGUAAGUGGAGGAGGGUUUGUGUGGAUGGGAAGAUUGUGCGGGUGGAUGAAGGGGGAUGGGUUGAGGUUCGGGUGAGGAAGGACGGGGGAGGGGUGGGUGUUGUUGUGGAUGAGUAG